AUGGUUCAAGCCUAUAUUCACGAUAACAACUACGAGACAGAUUUCAGAGAGGCACACGAUAGUGGCGUUCCCGUGACAUUGGAGCAACUAAGUAAGCUCGGUGUCUUCUACAAGUAUCUCGAAACGCAAGAAGCCGUCGAUGCCCUCGCCGAGGAGAGAAAUUACAAGAACAGAGAUAUCGUAAACAUCAGCCGCGCCACAUUUCCUGACGAGCAAAGUCUUCUCAAUAAGUUAAGCAUUUUUUUCACAGAACACCUCCACGAGGAUGAAGAGAUCAGAUAUUGUUUGGACGGUGAGGGAUAUUUCGAUGUAAGAGACCCGAUAUCGAACGACUGGAUCCGUAUCAAAUUCGAACCCAACGAUCUCAUCAUCGUACCAGCAGGGAUCUACCAUAGGUUCACGCUCACGAGCAAGAACUAUGUUAAAGCAUUGAGAUUAUUCCAGGACGAGCCAAAAUGGCUGGCGAUCAACAAACCAGAGGGUGACAGCAGCACAGCAUACCAGAACUACGUUCAAUGGGUCGCAAGUCGUCAAUAA